AUGGCUGAGCAUGUGUCGCGGCUGGAGGAGCUCGCGAGGAAGGUUGAGAUCAUGCAGAGGCUCCUCAACGAAACUCGCAGGUCCAAUCGGGAAACAUUCCAGAAACAUGACAGUCGUUUGAACUCUUUGGAGCAUCUUGAAGAUCGUGUAACCGAAGGUGUGAGACGCACCAUGGACGAUGCGGCACAGCAGUGGUGGGCUCGACUGCAGCAACACCAUCGAAGCGAAGUAGCUCGUCAGACGGACUUGUUACGUGAACAAAUGAUGGCCGUGGAGCAAGACUUGAAGACGCUGUACGCACAGCAUGUGGCCAAGUGCGAGGCAUGGCUAGAUCAGGUGCAGCGGACUGCCGCGGACUGUGUGACCAAAGUAGAGACGGUUAGGGGCGGCUUGGAUAAGAGGGAAGCCAGACUGGCGACGCUGGAGAGACGCUGUCGCGAGAUGAUGGACGAGCAGGCCUUUCGCAAGGAGAACUCGCUUCCUGUCACUUUCGCACGAAGAUCUGGCGAGACUCAGUCUCAGGGUAAUCCUGUGGGUUCCAGAGCAUCUUCACCUGCGGGCUCUGCGGGAGGACGGGCAUCGAGUCGUUGUCCUUCGGAUGCUGAAAUUCGCACUCGGCUGGAUAGUGUCAACGAGCGGCUGCGAGCGUACCAAGCCCAUGCAGAAGGGCGCGGUAGGCAAGCCGUUCGGAUGGUGGCUGAGGCGCAGAAGACGGCGUUGAAGGCACGCAGCUGUUCUGUGGAACCUGCGUUAGUGCUGCGCGUGGAGGCGGAAGCGGGUAGGCUUAGGAGGAAUCGCUCAUACAGUGGCGCCAGCAUAGAGUCCUGA